AUGUGGGCGUCUCUGCUUUUAGCCGGGAUCUUAAGCAGCUGGUGGGGCGCCCUCGCGUUCGCUGCGGCACCCCCAGCCGAGCUUGCAAGCUUCUUGCCACCGAACAACAAUCUGGUAUCUCCGAAAGAUUCAACGGAAAAUCACCAGGUUGACGCUAAAUUAUUCAGAAGAUCGGAAACGGGGUCUUGGAGUUAUUCUCGAGAAGCACCCUUCUGGGAAAACUUUAGGAACCGGGUCACACCGAUGAGUCACCAUCACCACGACUUCGACCGAGAUUAUUUUUUCGCAAACCAAAACCCUUUCAGAAACAACGACAAAUCGUCCAGCAAUCCGUUCGACCGAACGAACUUUCAUUUGUACUCCAGUAGAAACCUCAGAAUGGACCUUGUUAUGGAACAUCCCCUCAGAAUGGAGCAGCGCCAAUUCUUACAACCCCCUCACCACUCCACACAAUCGCCUUUAACCGUGAAACCUGACAGUUACUUUACGUCAUCUUCUCCUACUAUUGAGAUGCCGAGGGUCUCCAGAUCCGUGAAGCAACGGAAGAACCGAACCAAGGCGGACUCACCCCGAGAGCAACGACGCCGGUGUAGGAUGAGAAACAACUGCCGGGGCAGAAACUGGUGUCCGGAUUUGGACAUUGGAAACAGGGCAUUUCUCGCUCCGACGGUAUUCGAGGGAAAAGCUAGAAGUAUGUCCUCCCUCAGGAAGCCAGGAUCCAACUAUGCUGUCACCUUCGAGGUGAGACAGGUCUACAAGAACCAGGGUGGUUUUAUGCCACUGCAAAAGAACGACAGUGUUAGGCUGCAUUUCCGCGACAAGGUCGCACCGGGAAAGUCAACAAUAUGUGGCUAUGAAGGAAACGACGCCACUCAUCAGCAGCAGCAACGCGAUAUUCAGAGUGGAGUGGUGCGGGCCAAUAUUAAGCGGGGUAAAGUGUAUCUAGUGUUUGUGAACCGCGUAGGACCUAGGAACUUCACUAUCCUCGGCGAGCCAGUGAUACGCAGUAAGAAGAACGAACAGGCGGUUCAAGCGGUCGUUCGUCCGGACUACGUGCGAGAAGUUACGCUGUCCGAACUCAGGGACUCUGUAGCAAGGUUACAGGACAGAGUUAAGCUAGUAUGCAGGACGCGGGGGUCUCCCCCUCCAAAAGUGCAAUGGUUUAAGGAUGGAGUCUCCCUUCAUCCACACAGAGGUCUCCGAAUUCAGAACAAGCGGCGGAGAUCGAAAGUAGUAAUAGCAUCAGCAAAACUGGAAGAUAGCGGAAGGUACGAAUGCGUGGCUGAAAGCACUUCCGGCCACCGAGCUUCACUUGCAGCUCAGCUUCUAGUCACUCAGGAUACCAGAAAUCUGGAAACCACGACAGUUUCGUGGCCAAGGCAGGAACAACCCUGCCCAAUUGCAGGGGAUUUUUGCAUGAACGGCGGUACUUGUCUAUUUUUCGAGACCGUCGGGGAGCCAGCAUGCAGAUGCGCAGAUGGUUUCACGGGCCUACGGUGUGAGACGAAGGACGUCAUCAGUACCGGAAAUACGGAUAAGUUCUCUUCGUUCACCGAGGACUUGACGCUUGCUCGCUUCUAGCGCAUCUAGCGGUACUGUCAAGAAAGCCUGGAGAAACAAUUUGAGCCACCGCCACCGUCUUACGUACAUCCCGCAUUCCCAUAU